GUGUUAGACUGUAGAAAUGCCUGGAAACCAUCCUUACAAACUGGUACAAAUUAGGAUCUUAGUUCCCAAGUUCUCAUGCUGAGAUCUCCCUGCCUUUAAAAAAAAAGGGGUGGUGGUGGUGGUGGUAAUCACUUUCGCUAUGGUACCUCAGUGUGGAAGUGAGAGUCUACUUUCAUAAGUAGUCAUGGAAAGUAAACACAACAUAUUUGAUUUUAAAAUUGUCUCAUCGAGAUUGAAUGUUUUACCAAGAUAGGGUGGAGACCUGUUCAACUUAAAAUAUUGUGUGCAGAUGAAUUUGUUAGAAAUAAUAGCUACUAUUUCUUAAGCAUUUCCGAUAUGCCAGGCACUGUGUUAAACAUUUUGCCCAUGUUGUUUAGUUUGCGUUCAGCAGCCACCAUAUGUGGUAGAUUUGUCCUCAUUUUUGUAAAUGAGGAAGCUGAGGUACAGAGAAGUUAAGUAACUUGUGUGAGGUCACAUGCUAGUAUUUGGCUUAUCCGGGAUUCAAACCCAGGCAUCUGCUUCCAGAGCUAGUGCUCUUAACUACUAUUCUGACCCUUAGAAAUGUUGAUUUGAUGAAAGAUAUUGAAAUAUUUAAUAAUUCACUGGAGGUGUGAAACAGCAGGAGUAUCAAAGGGAGCAUUGCUGGAAGGACAGCUCGCGAUUUCCAUAGAAGCAUUAAAUUCUAAGCACCAGGCAAAUACUCUUCAUUGUGUAACAACUAUUGCUUCUGCAGGAAGCAUUUAUGGUGGUUUGGUCCUCAAGAAAUUCCUAAAAGAUCUAGAAGCUACUUCCUAACAUGUCCUCACUUUAGUGAAGAAAAGACGAAAGGGUAGAAGAGAGUGAGGAGAUGGAGGAAUGUGAAAAAAGCCAUGUAAAUACAAUCUGUACUGCCUGGAUUCUCUGCAAAGCUGAAUUGGACUUCAGAGGAAGCCAGCUAUUCUCAGGACACAUCAGGGGUAACACCCUUCCAGAUGAUUUUUGAGGUUGAUGAAAAGCCCAGAACUUUGAUGACAGAUAGUCUGGUUAUAAAGACUUUUUUACGCAAAAUCGUUGCUGUGCUCCCCAAGAUUAGAUUUAAUUUCAGUGUAAAUGUGAAUGGAAUCCUCUCCGUGGCGAUCUUUGGGGCAGAGAAUGAACCUACUUUGAACCUGUCGAAUGGAAUUGCUCUUGUCGUAAACUAUCAGCAUUAUGUGAGUACACCAAAAUCCGGUACAACCGAAUUACUCUGCGGCAGAAUCCAUCCUGUGCUGGGACCUCCAGUAGCGCUCUUCAUCCCUGAUGAGGUGGCUGGCAUGGGCUUGUUGGGAGAGCUGAUACUAACUCCAGCUGCUGCUCUGUGUCCUUGCCCAAAGGUCUUUUCCAACCAGCUGAAUAGGAUUUCAUCAGUUUCCAUAUUUCUAUAUGGACCUUCAGGUCUGCCUCUGAUAUUGCCAAACCCGGAGACACCAACUUCUCCUGUCUUCAAAGAUACCUCUUAUUUCAUUGACUGGAAGAAAUACCACUUGUGUUUGGUGCCCAAUUUGGAUCUCAAUUUAGAUAGAGAUUUGGUGCUUCCAGAUGUGAGUUAUCAGGUGGAAUCCAGCGAGGGAGGUCAGACUCAGAAUAUGGACUCCCAGGGACAGACUCUGCUGCUUUUUCUCUUUGUGGAUUUCUGCAGUGGAUUUCCAGUCCAGAAAAUGGAACUCUGGGGAGUCCACACUUUGCUCACAACUCAUCUCAGUGCCAUUCUCAUGGAGAGCCACCGCGUGGUGCAAAAUUCCAUCCAGGUCGCUGUGGACCAGGCCUUGGAGCAGCAUCACCAGGCUGUCAAGGCUCAUCAGAAACUACAGGCCUCCCUCUCAGUGGCUGUGGAUUCCAUCAUGAGUAUCAUGACGGGUAGCACCAGCAGCAGCUUCCGAAAGAUCUGCCUCCAGACGCUUCAAGCAGCUGACACACAGGAAUUUGGGACCAAGCUGCAUAAAUCAUUUCAUGAUAUCACCCAGCACCGAUUUCUUCACCACUGCUCACGUGAGGUGAAGCAGCAGCUGCUCCCAGAGAAAAAUGAUGCAGAGCAGAGCACAGAGGAUGCACCUGAGAACAGCAGCCUGGAGCUCCUUGCAGGGACCAGCGAGCAAGUAGAAAACAAGAGUCUCAAGAGAGGCAGCCUCCGCCAAGGCGCGGGGGAGACGCGGGCUUUCCGCUCCGCCGGGGCUGUGAGCCCGUCCGAGGCCGCCCCGCGCCUCGCGGAGCCCAUCGCGGCCCCCCUGACCUCAGGCAGAAGCAGGACGGGGACCGGGAGCGACCUGGAGGACGCGCUGUGGCUGCAGGAAAUCUCCAAUCUGUCCGAGUGGCUGAGUCCCGGCUCUGCGCCCUGAAGCGGGCCCCCUCCCAGCGCCUCCACGCCCGCCCAACAGAGGCCGGGGCCGCGUGUUCUCUGUUGUUCAAUAA